AUGUCUGAACAUGCCCCCAGCAGCAACGCUGCCGAGGGCUCUAUCGAUCUGUCUCUAUCUGCCCAAGCUCUAGCUUCGUCGUCCCCCGCGGUGCGCAUCGCUGAGCUGCAGCUUGUGAGCGAGGCAGUGGCUCGGAAAACAUCUGACGACGAAUUUGCCUCCAAAGCUCUGCAGCUCCUCUUCAACACCCAUGCCGCUUACCAGGAUCGCGAGUCUCGACUGGCGGCCCAAAAAUGCCUGGUAUCCAUCGUCACGAGAGAGGCUAGCUCCUCAACACUGCAACUAUUAGUGAAAACUCUACGACAGGAGUCCUCCAAGCAGGGCAUUGCUACGUCCAGCGCCUUUGUAUUGGUUGAGUGGUGUAGCGUUCUGCUUCAAAAUCUAGCCGAAUCUUCGUGGAAAGAAUUCGGAAACGAAAUUCUAUUGGCAUAUGCAGAUGUGCUGGAAAAGUGUCUACGACCGUCUUCAAAGCCUACGCUGGCACAUUCCGCCACGAUAGUCACUCGCAGAGCAUUUCGAAAGCUUUUCAAUUCGCCAACUCUGGGACCUCAAAAUCUCAAAGAUGCUGUGACGAAUUUAACAUCGAAACGCAGCGCGCCAUCUGCGAAAAACUCUAUUAUUCUGGGAAUCAUUGCUGGAGUUGCUGUUCGCCGGCCUGCAGUACGACCUACGCUGGAAUCUCUUAAGCCAUUGUACUACGAAUUCUACAAUCGCGAGAUUCUGGGCUCAAGGACUCCGCUGUCGGGACACAUCUCUGCCGGUUUGGGCGAUUUCUUUUCCGGCUUUGCAAUACUUGAUGAAUUCCAGACUCAAAUUGCUCCACCUCUGGAGAAAAGCUUGCUUCGCACGCCUGAAGUUAUCUUGGACGGUGUUCUCCAGAGCCUAGUGAAAGAUUUGCCUGCUGAAAUCGAUCUCUCGGACUUGUUGACCGGCAAGCUCUUGAAACAGCUACUUUCAAACGUCAAAUCUACCAAUGCUUUGAUACGCGCAGGGGUCCUGUCUUCCUUCCGUGCUAUUAUUGCAAAAUGCCACAACCCGGACUCAGUCGACCAAAUCAUCGAGGAGAUCGGGAGCCCCUUGAAAGCGGGCAAGCUGGCCUCCGCUGAUCAGCGCAUUCUCCAUGCAGAAAUGCUGGAAGCAAUUCCCCUGUCUUGUCCAAACGCUCAAAAUAUGACUACUAUUUUGGCAACUGUUGCAGGCAAGGAAGGGAACGAUGUAGCGUUGGCCGCCGAGACAUUGACACUCUGUCGAGCUAUCAAUGUAUUGAUUAAGGGCAACAGCGAAAUUUCGCAGCCUGCCCUAAGCGCAUUGCUUAAAGGAUUGGCAGAUAAGAAAGCGACGACCCGCAAAAUUUGGCUUCUUCGCGUAGGAUCUAUCUUCCAGGCCAUAAAUGGCGUGGACCUGAACGCUGCGUUGACCUCGUUCACGGAAGCGGUUAUUCCAAAAUUCAUCGACAACUUCCAUGAAGUUGUUGCCAACCCUACGCUAACUGCCCAGAACGGGACCAUAGUUGGGGCGUAUAUUCUCACUGCUCUAUCCCCUGUUAUUCAACAAUGGUCCACUGGCUCGAAGAUUGGAUCCGAUCUGCUGAAGCUGUCGACCCCAUCUCCUGCUCUUGCCUCGACACAGUCCUUUCUCUUGAACCCCAAAAUCUUUAACAAGAUUGGAAGUGAGGAAGACCUCCAUUGGUUCCGUCUUGCUUUGUCUUCUGUUGCGGCGGGACUAAGCGCCAACACCGCGAAAGAGAUCGUUCUUGCGUGGUCGGAGGCGAUGAUAUAUAUAGUUACAGUCUCAACUGUGCCAUCAAACGUGCGACAAGAAAGCGCCAAAUCCCUCUCUACCCUCUAUGCUCAGAACCCUAGUAUGAUAGCAGAUAUCAUUAUCAAUGGCCUGUGGACGUAUUUGACGCAGACCAUCAAUGUCGGGGACAAAGAUUCGGCUAUGGAGACGCGCGAUUUGAUUAAGGUUAUAAAGUCGAUUUGUAUCAGCUCCAAAGAGUUGGAAGCCCUCGGGGGUAGCACCUCACAAGAGAUGUUGGAGCAGCAAGCUUGUUCCUUACUUAUUAUCUGCCGUACAGAGCUGAUACCCCGAGCCAAUUGGAUAGACUCUUGUAUUCGAAUGGGAGUCGACCCUGGAAAACUUGCAACAAAGUAUGCCGAUACAUUACUCAAUGAGAUCAGCGAGCGUACGUCUGUAAAUCAAAAGGUUGAUGUCAUUCGGACUGCUGCAUACAAUGCAGCAGCAGAGCUGGCCUUUGUUGCUCCAGAAACUAUUAUUCCUCGACUAAAAGAUCUUAUAUCCCAAGAUCUAGAUCCACAGCCGGUGAAAGCAAUUGGGCCAGUCGACGCCGCUAUUUUUAGGACUCAAGAAGGAACCUGCUUCGUGGAUGUACUAAGCAAAAAGGGCCAAAAUGACGCUCCAAAUAAGAAUACCAAAGAUUACGACAUCGUGAAAUGGGAGAAGGAACUGAGAGAUCAACUUGAGAAAAAGAAGGGCCCACAACGGAAACUCACGGCCGAGGAAACGUCUAAAGUGAAUGCCCAGUUGAAGAAGGAAGCUCAGAUACGGGCAUCAGUUCAAGCGAUCGAAGCCAAACUUCUCCGCAGCAUCGGGAUUAUACACUCCCUGGCAGUGGGACCACCCACGGAUGCGACACUCUGGCUGGGCUCCGCCAUCAAUUCACUUCUUGCUGUUAUGGAAGCUGGCGCAAAUCUCAUUAUAGGCGAUGCUGCCUCCAAAGUCUACAUCACCUGUGCCGAGAAAGUGAGUUCUAGGCUAGGGUCAACUCGCCCUGCUAUUGGAAUUGCUACGCUCAGGCUCCGAGACCUAUCUUUAGAGGGCACCUAUGGGGACGAACCACUCGCCGAUCUUGCGACAAGGGUGCUAUAUCGUCUCCGGUUUGCUGGUGAGCAACGACCGUUUGAUGCGGUGUCAUUAAUAUACAUCUUCCCACUCCUCUUUUAUAUUUUGAGAGAGGGAGGUGUUGGAGAGACCGUAGACGAUCGGGAUACCCAAAUUGUACUGGCCGUGGAGUUUAUCUCAUUUCACAGUAUUGUAUUUUCUGAUGAAUCAAUACCGCGCACAGAGCUCCUGGCUGUCCUUAUCCAUUCAAUGCAAAGCCAUGCUCAACACUACAAAAUCAUCAAAGAUUGCUUUGCUGACAUCUGCCGAUGCAUCGCACCUAACAUCACUGCUGAUGAGAUGCUGGUCCUUUCUCAGGGGGUCAUAGUACCACAGGCUAACGUCAGAACCGCUGUUUUGCAGUCUAUUAGUGCAGACAUUGAUAUGAGCGAACUCGGCUACAGCAGCGAGAUUUGGCUGGCAUGUCAUGAAGACAUAGAAGAAAACCAAGAGCUUGGAAUGGAGAUAUGGGAAGAAAGCGGGUUUAAGCUUAGUGCUGAGGUCCCCAUGCUGAUGGUACCGUUCUUGAAGAGCAAAGAUGGACAACUCCGUCGGGCUGCGGCACGCUCACUUUCGAAGGCUGCGGAAGUUGACAAGGAAUCUCUCCUUACCGUGAUCCCAACAUUGCAGUCUAUCUAUUUGGAGAUGGCGAAGCCAAAGGUCCAACUUCUUGAUGAAUUUGGGAUGCCAAAGAAAAUGGACUUGUCUGACCCAUGGGAGGCGAGGCAUGGUAUAGCAACCGCUAUCAAGGAACUGGCCAAUGUCCUAGAUUCUACACAAGUUAGUCCUUUACUCGACUUCCUGAUUCAGUCUGGACCUCUGGCAGACAAAAACGCCUCAGUUCGAACAGAAACACUUGAUGCUGCUAUCCGGGUCAUCGAAUUCCAAGGAAGUGGCAUAAUUGAUGAGCUGAUGAAGAAAUUCGAAACCACCCUGGAGCAGCCUGACAAGAAUAGCGAUGAAGUGGACCGUGUCAACGAGGCAGUGGUUAUUAUGUAUGGUGCUUUGGCUCGCCAUCUCCACCCCGGGGACAAAAAGAUUCCCGUUGUGAUUGAGCGUCUCUUGGCAACCUUGAAUACGCCGUCUGAGAUGGUCCAAUAUGCCAUUGCCGAAUGCUUACCCCCUCUGAUCAAGGCCUAUCCGUCAAAGCUGUCCGAAUAUAUACAGCAAAUGAUGAACGAGCUUCUGAAUUCCAAGAAGUAUGCCACCCAACGAGGAGCCGCCUACGGUCUGGCAGGGUUGAUCCUUGGUAGUGGCAUAUCUACUAUCAAGGAACUUCGAAUCAUGUCAGAUCUUAGGGGAGCCAUGGAAAAUAAGAAGGAUUCGCAUCAACGAGAGGCUGCUCUUUUGGCGUUUGAACUGUUAUCUACCAUGUUGGGCCGCCUUUUUGAACCAUAUGUGAUUCAAAUAGUGCCAUUGCUCCUGAGCGGAUUCGGAGAUGCCAAUGCAGAUGUCCGAGAUGCUUGCUUGGCAGCCGCAAAAGCUUGCUUUGGUAAGCUGAGCUCAUAUGGUGUCAAGAAGAUCAUGCCAACGCUUUUGGAGGGACUUGAUGACCAACAAUGGCGUAGCAAGCGAGGUGCUUGCGAUCUUCUCGGUGCAAUGGCAUAUCUUGAUCCCAACCAACUCGCGACGAGUUUACCGGAUAUCAUUCCUCCCUUAACCGGUGUGCUUAACGAUAGUCACAAGGAAGUGAGGGCGGCCGCCAACCGAAGCUUGAAGAGAUUUGGCGAUGUCAUUAAUAACCCAGAAGUAAAGAGUUUGGUGGACGUGAUUCUGAAGGCUCUCAGCGACCCAACCAAAUACACCGAUGAGGCAUUGGAAUCACUGAUCAAGGUCCAGUUUGUGCAUUACCUUGACGCCCCCUCUCUGGCUUUGAUUACACGCAUCCUACAACGCGGCCUAGGCGAUCGUUCCAACACCAAACGCAAGGCAGCACAGGUGAUUGGCAGUCUAGCCCAUCUGACGGAGAAAAAGGAUAUUGUCAUGCACUUACCGGUCCUCGUUUCUGGGCUUAAGAUUGCGGCCGUUGACCCGGUACCAACUACUCGAGCGACGGCAUCUAGAGCUCUCGGCUCUUUAGUUGAAAAGCUGGGAGAGGACGCAUUACCCAACCUGAUUCCCGAAUUGAUGCAGACUUUGAAAUCCGAUACUGGCGCUGGUGACCGUCUGGGAUCUGCACAGGCUUUGAGCGAAGUCCUAGCCGGUUUGGGCACGAGCAGACUUGAGGAAACUUUGCCAACCAUUCUUCAGAAUGUAGAGUCCUCUAAGCCUGCAGUCCGCGAAGGUUUUAUGUCUCUCUUUAUUUUCCUCCCGGUUUGUUUUGGUAAUAGCUUUUCCGCAUAUCUGGGUCGUAUAGUCCCUCCUAUUCUUGCUGGUCUGGCAGAUGACGUGGAAUCUAUUCGCGAAACCGCUCUUCGCGCUGGACGACUGCUUGUGAAGAAUUUUGCAAUUCGAGCUGUAGAUCUUCUUCUACCAGAAUUGGAGCGAGGACUGGCAGAUGACAGCUACAGAAUUCGUCUUAGCUCUGUUGAACUUGUUGGAGAUCUUCUCUUCAACCUCACAGGUGUGAAAGCUGGUGCUGAGCCAGGAGAUGAGGAAGAUGAGAAUGCUAAAGAAGCAAGUGCUUCCUUGAAGGAAGUACUUGGGGAAGAGAAACGAAACAAAAUUUUGUCAACUCUUUAUAUCUGUCGAUGCGACACUGCUGGAGCGGUUCGUUCCGCCGCCAUUUCGGUGUGGAAAGCUCUGGUCCACAGUCCCAGAACAUUGAAGGAACUGGUGCCAACUCUCACAAGUCUUUUGAUUAAGCGACUUGGAAGCUCGAACAUGGAGCAUAAAGUCAUUGCUAGCAACGCGCUUGGUGAGCUGAUCCGGAAAGCUGGCGACGGUGUCCUUGCUACUCUCCUGCCCACUCUAGAGAUGGGAUUACAAACUUCAACGGAUACGGAUGCAAAGCAGGGUAUAUGUCUUGCUUUACGCGAGCUUAUUUCAUCUGCGUCACCAGAGUCUCUUGAGGAUCAUGACAAGACGCUCAUUUCUGUUGUCCGCACUGCACUCAUAGACUCAGAUGCGGAGGUUAGAGAGGCUGCCGCCGAGGCUUUUGACUCCCUUCAACAGAUAUUCGGCAAACGGGCAGUUGACCAAGUUCUUCCGUUCCUACUUAAUCUCUUGCGAUCCGAGAAUGAAGCAGAGAAUGCUCUAUCGGCACUUCUCACACUGUUAACUGAGGCUACCCGGUCCAACAUCAUUUUACCCAAUCUCAUCCCGACUCUUACAACUCCGCCGAUAUCAGCGUUCGAUGCAAAGGCCUUGGCUUCCUUGUCUAAGGUUGCUGGCGCAUCUAUGAACCGUCGUCUCCCCAACAUCAUUCAGUCAUUGAUGGAGAAUGAGAUCAAUUGUAGCGACGACGAUUUACGUGAGGAGCUGGCGACAUCAUUCGACACAGUGAUUCAGUCAAUUGACGAGUACGAUGGCCUCAAUACUGUGAUGAAUGUUCUUCUCAGCCUCCUUAAGCAUGAAGAUCACCGGCGGAGGGCCGCCACAGCUCGACACAUGGGUAAUUUCUUCUCUGUGUCGAGUGUAGACUACUCUCGAUAUAACCAGGAUAUCAUUCGAUCGUUGUUAAACUCGUUUGAUGACGGAGACGCGGAUGUCGUGAAGGCUGCUUGGGCUGCUCUCACCGAAUUCACGAAGAAGCUUAAAAAGGAAGAAAUGGAAUCACUCGUUUUGUCGACUCGGCAAACACUUCAGCGCGUUGGUGUUGCAGGUGCUAAUUUGCGGGGAUUCGAGCUUCCCAAGGGAAUCAGUGCCGUAUUACCAAUCUUCCUACAGGGCCUCAUCAACGGAACUGUCGAGCAAAGAGUGCAAGCGGCACUUGGUAUAUCCGAUAUCGUAGACCGUACAAGCGAAGCAUCGCUAAAACCAUUUGUCACUCAAAUUACAGGACCGCUUAUUCGUGUGGUAUCAGAACGUGCUACAGACGUUAAGUCGGCUAUUUUGCUCACUCUCAACAACUUGCUCGAGAAGAUGCCUACGGCCCUCAAACCUUUCUUACCACAGCUCCAGCGCACUUUUGCCAAAUCUUUAGCGGAUACAUCUAGUGAAGUUUUGAGGACCAGAGCUGCAAAGGCUUUGGGGACUUUGAUCAACUACACGCCUCGAAUCGAUCCGUUGGUAACCGAGUUAGUUACGGGAGCAAGAACUACUGACCCAGGUGUGAGGACGGCCAUGUUCAAAGCCUUGUAUGAAGUUGUCAGCAGAGCUGGCGCAAACAUGGGCGAAUCCUCCAGAUCUGCUGUCCUGUCGUUGAUUGACUCGGAUGCUGAUGAGAGAGACGAGGCCAUGGUAGUAACCAACGCAAAGCUUCUCGGUGCCCUGAUUAAGAAUGUGACCGAGGAUGUUGCCACAAGCCUGCUCCGGAACAGAGUCAUUACUCCCCAGUCAAGUCACUCAUCUACCUUGGCUUUGAACUCGGUAUUGGUUGAAUCGCCGAGUAUCUUGCAAUCAAGCGGUAUAAUUGAUGAGUUGCCAAGCUUGCUCUGUGGGGGAAUGAAUGAUAAGAGAACGUAUAUUGCGGACAACUUCAUUCUAGCUACAGGCAAACUUCUACUUUCAUCACCUCCCAAGUCAUUCGAUGACAUCAAGCAGAUAUUCGAUGCACUGGCAGUUGUCAUUCAACCUGGAAAUGCCCCGGACUCGCGACGGCUGGCGCUGGUGAUCAUUCGUACAUUGAGCAGGAAAAACGCCGAUUUAGUGCGGCCUCACGUAUCAUUGUUAGCACCGCCAAUUUUCGCGAGUGUCAGGGACCCAGUGAUACCCGUGAAGCUAUCUGCUGAAGCAGCAUUCAUUGAGUUGUUCAGCGUCGCGGAUGAAGAAAGUCGGAUAUUUGACAAGUAUAUGGCAGGACCGGGCAACGAUCUACCCCCGAAUGUCAAGAGAAGCAUGAGCGACUACUUCAAACGAGUUGCCAUGAGACUAGGCGUCCAGGCUAGAGAGCGGAGGGAGGCUGAAGGUGGACAAGGAAGCUUGGGCUUGUCGAAUGAUGAAGUUGAAGAUGAGCGAGAGAUAUGGAGCGUGGGGAAAGUGGAAAUUGAUGGAGAGACUUUUGGCGGGAACGUCGAGAUUACGUCAGACUUGUCCCUCCAGUCACGUGAUGCGAUUCAUGCAAUGCACGUGAACCCACAAACUUUGAGCAGAACUGCUACGAGCCUCCGGAAAUUCUGGCCUCGUAAACCCUCCCCCCAAACUUCAUCCAACCUCAUCGCCAUCGAGGGCCGGCCAUCAAUACCGAAAUUAUUCAAGAUGGUCAACCUGCGAACUCAGAAGCGCCUUGCCGCGUCGGUCAUUGGCUGCGGCAAGCGCAAGAUUUGGCUUGAUCCUAGCGAGCAGAGCGAGAUCUCAAAUGCCAACUCUCGCCAGACCAUCCGAAAGCUCGUCGCCGAUGGCCUCAUUAUCCGAAAGCCGGUGACGAUGCACUCGCGAUCCCGAGCCCGCGAGCUUAACCUCUCCCGAAGAGAAGGCCGACACCGUGGAUUCGGUAAGAGAAAGGGUACUGCCGACGCUCGUAUGCCCACUCAGGUCCUCUGGAUGCGCCGCCUUCGAGUCCUCCGACGCCUUCUGGUCAAGUACCGUGCCAGCGGCAAGAUCGACAAGCACCUCUACCACGAGCUCUACCACCUGAGCAAGGGUAACACAUUCAAGCACAAGCGUGCUCUGGUGGAGCACAUCCACCGUGCCAAGGCCGAGAAGCAGCGUGAGAAGGCCCUGAAGGAUGAGAUGGACGCCAAGCGUGCGAAGACCAAGGCUGCCCGUGAGCGCAAGUUGGAGAGAGUGGCGGCGAAGCGAAACGCUCUGCUGGCGGAUGACGAGUAAAACCAUUUUGAAGGACAUUCUCGGUCUGAGGGGCUGCAUUUGGAGUCUACGGGUUGGGUUUUUUUUCUACGCCCUUCUGGUUUCUACAGUCGUACCGGUGGGUUUGUGGCAUGUAGCAUUGAAAAAAAAUGAAAUGGUAAAUGCUCGAGGUAAUUCAUUCGUUCAUCUGUGUUGCACCAUAUCGAGCAUGGCCAAAUUUCGUGCCUGUGAUAGCAUAGGCAGGUAUGACUUGACGACUCUUGGGUGACACUUAGACAGGAGUGAUUUGAGAUAUGGAAUGGAUGCAUAGUUUCUUAUG